AUGCGCCUCAUAUCAUGUCGGGAGCCCGGGAGCUUUCGUCUCGUGGAGCUGAAUGAUGAAAAUAUCCCUCGCUAUGCCAUACUUUCGCAUACUUGGGGUGCGGACGGCGAGGAAGUCACUUUUAAAGACCUCAUGGAAGGCACGGGUACGAACAAAGCAGGCUAUAAGAAGAUAGAGUUCUGCGGAAAGCAAGCUGCUGGGGAAGAUAUACAAUAUGUCUGGGUGGACACCUGUUGCAUUGACAAAUCAAGCAGUGCUGAGCAGACGGAGGCGGUCAAUUCAAUGUUUCGUUGGUACCAAAAUGCGGCUGCAUGUUACGUAUACUUGUCUGACGUUUCCACACAUGCGGAUUCCACAAGCGCGUGUUUCUUGUCAGCUAUGGAAGUGGCUUUUCGUGGCAGCAGAUGGUUUCGUCGAGGCUGGACGCUACAAGAACUUCUUGCCCCAACGUCAGUCGAUUUCUUUUCUCGAGAGGGCGUCCACCUCGGUACCAAGCGAUCGCUAGAACAGCAGAUUCACGAGAUAACACACAUUCCUGUUGCGGCUCUUCGGGGAAAACCGCUAAAGGACUUCGCAGUCCAGGAACGACUAUCGUGGGUAAGCCGUCGCAAUACGAAGCGUCAGGAGGACAUGGCAUACUCUCUCCUGGGUAUCUUCGAUGUCUAUAUGCCGCUGAUCUACGGAGAAGGGAGAGAGAACGCGUUCACACGUCUGCGGAAGAAGAUCGACAAAUCUUCGCAGCGCAAGCGCGAGACAAAUAGCACUGCGCUGUUCACCCAGUCUAACGAAGCGGCGUCAUCCACGAUUCGUAAGAGUCCUGAGGAUGAUAGGGCCGCUCCCGAUACCGGUCUGGAUGAGCUUGAAGCUCGUUGUCAAGGAGAGCCUCGUGUCGAAUUACCAGGGACACCGAGGCCCCUAAUGAUAGAGAGCGACCAUUCUUAUUCUCUACAUUCCGGUGGCACCAAUGACUGGUCCACUCUUCAGAACAGCGUUUACGCUAGUUUGACGGAUUUCAGACAACGACUGACCCAUGAGGAAGAAGACAUCUUCCGGUUUGCAACCUUCGAAGACGUUCAGCAUCAAAUUCCACAUAUCCGAGGCAUACUAGCCGACGGGAAAGGCUGGGAAUUGGAGACGACUCAGACGAGUCUCGCUGGAUUAGAGGUAUCUCUGAAAGCUAUGGAUCAGUUUGGCAAAAUGCUCGAGAUGGCUCAAACUGAUCCCCACGCCCGCUCUUUUAUCUGGGGACCACUGAAGUUCGUUUUGCAAGAAUGGCGCUUCAAAUCUGAUUUUGCGGCUCUGGUUGAUGUCAUUGACGCCUACAAGCAGAUAGGAGAGCAACUCACUUGUUUGCUGCAGUAUCAGGCCCUUUUCGGCCGCAACCCUCAUAUGCAAGGACGCCUUGGGAUGGUUUAUGCAGAUGUCCUCGAAAUCCUGUUGCGAACUGUCCGGAUUUUUUCACUUCGACCCCAGAUGUUCCGGGCCUGCUUGCCCCAGUUUCUGUCUCGAACCAAACAGAUUUUAGAAGGAUGGGGCAGUCAUAGAGAUUUUAUGCAGAGCCAUGCGCAUUCGAUGCAAAUCCAGCAGUAUGAGGCAAGGUUAGAUUUUCUGGAGGAUCUCUUGCAUCAAGAACGAGAAAAGAAAGCUAGGGCGACACUGGAAUAG